AUGUCGAAUUCAAUAGUUACGUUCAGCGGCCUCAGGUGCACAAAAGUGCGACGUACAGCAGCUCCAUCACAGGCAAUAGCAACGGCAACAUCGACAUCUGUUGAAACAACAGCUACAGAUCAAGCAACUAUCACUUCAUCUGCUGGAAGAACGCAAGUCUCCACUGCAUCUGAUCCAGUACCGCGACCUAGCAUCACUUCAACGGCUGCCACGGACGCUGCAGAAACUAAAGUGACAAGCAAGGUCCCCGGGGCCCCGCCAUCAAGCGGUACCUCUACGACUCCGGCCGGAAUAUCCGCGAAAGAUCCCCCAGCAAGCAAUAGUACCGGCCAGAAUACUCUUCGUAUUGCCAUAAUUACUUCACUCGGUGCCUUUGUGCUAAUAAUCCUCGCUCUGCUGGCCUGGAAACUGAUACGAUGUCGACGAAAUCGAAUGACAGGUGAUGCUACGGAUUACUAUGCAACGGAGAAACCGCAACUCGACAGGGGGAGGUCCACACAGAUAUCGAGCCCUGGAGGCUCACCAUUCCAGGAAAGUAAACUAGAGAGUACUAUACACAUCCGAGACUCUUUAGCACAGUUGGAACAGCUACCAAGAGCCGUGGCCAACAUCGCUGCGGGCCGGUCCUCGAGAGUGCUGCCGGACCGAUCUCAAUCUGAGGGUCGCUUCGGCCCCAUGGAUUCGACUGAGGUUCGAAGCCAAUCCUCUGAUGCGGCGCUGAUACAAGACGACGGUGGUAUGGAAAACAGUAUAGCAAUAAUGAAGGACCAGUUUGCUGACCCAUCACCACCGGCUGGGCCUGAGAACCGCUUGUUGCAAGUUAGACGCUCGCUCUCUCGUUCAACUUCAAGUCUACACACACUGAGAUCAAGCACGAGUCGAGAAAGGAAGAAUCGCUCCAAUAAAGACGAAUCUCACAGUAGGGAGCAAAGCAACAGCAGCAGUAUUAUCGUCCUUCCCGGACGCGGCAGUUUGAGUCCUAGCGAAUGUACCUUUAGCUAUCAGCCUACAUCUGCUGGCCCUGGACAAUGGAGACCAGAUCGCGAAAGGACGUCGACGCGAAGUUCAACGACUAGUACACGCAGCGAUCCAUUUGACUUGGAAGAACCAUCUAUAACAACAUAUAAGUUUUUCAGAAUCUUUGGAGCCGAUACUCAGUUCGAUCAGACGUUCAGUAGCAAAUCGGAUUCUACGAUAUACUCACCGAGAAACAACGACCGAAACAAAUGA